UUACUGUCACGACCAGAAAAUGGUGUUAAAGAUGGUGGAAAAGGAACAUUUCUGUUAUUAAACACUAACACCAAUAACUAAAUAAUAAAAUAAACCUCCAUUCACUUAAUGGUUUAUCUACUACUUUGGCAUAUGGGGUUACAUCUGUCAGUAAGAAGAUUAAAACCGAUGAAGAGACAGUUAAAUGUAUAAAAUGUAUGCCCUGCUUUUUGGAACUUUCCACAUUUUCCAAAAUGUAGCUGAGCUGAACAACGUGGCAGCUGGUUCUUAUAUAGCGCUUUUCUACUCUGAGCACUCAGAGUGCUUCAUACAACUUAUCUCAUUCACACCCAUCCAUAUAAGUCUUUUCUAUCUAGCAUUCAUACACAUUCAUACAGCAGACAGCAACUUGGGUUAGUAUCCUUCCAAAGGAUAUUUGGUAUGGAGUAGCCAGCGACCUGCUCCACCUCCUGAUCUACAGCCACCCAUCAUCAGCUCUGUUACGUGUUCUGAGAGUAAUCUCAUACAUUCAGCUCACUCUUUAUCUUGACAUUUUCCAGAUUUGGCAUUUAUCACUCGGUGGCAGCACGUCUAUAGUCCUCAUUUGUGAUGUUUGAUCAUCGAUUUUCUGAUAAAACGUUUGGAAAGACAAAAUCUUUACCACCGUAACAACAUACUGUCAUUUAUUUUAGCUUUAAUCUCCUUCUUGUAACACAUUUAAAUGUGGAUUUAUUGAGCUUUUUCUUUGAAAUAUUCUGUUUAAAUAACGUUCUUCCUUAGUGUCAUUUUUUAAGACAUUUGUUGUGUGAUAUAUUUAUUUUAUUCAGCCAAGGUGUUUUUCAUAUUUUAGCUGCUGUAACACGGUCAAUUUCCAGUUUUCAGGACAUAUAAAGCUUUUAUUUUAUGUUCAUUAAAGUAACUUAAAAUGCUUUCUACAUAUUUUAGGCUGCCGAGUUGUCAAACAUCUCCUUGGCUGAUAUUUAACCAACUUCAGCGUGACGCUUGCUUUGUUAUUUUUAAAGGUCCUUUUUGUAAAUACCCUCUCCAAAUUUCCACUAAAACUGUCACCAUCGGGGGCAUUGUUACCAGUGAGUAUGCAGAAAAAGCUUAUGUUCUUUUAACUUUUGAUAUUUCUUUUAACUACUCCCAUUUCCACAAGAGCCUUCGCCUAUUUCCCAUAUGUUUAUGUGUUAUUAGUACCUUUACACAUUUCACCAGUAAAACCCUAGACAUUUUGCUCCAACUGAUUUGCAUUCAGGCACGUGUAAGUAAAAAAACUUAGGUCUGGGUUCAUCCUGGAAAACUGGAUCUAAAACGCUGUUCUUGUUAAAAAUAAGAACUAAUCUGCAGAGGUGUGAACUAAAACAUGCAAACCUUUCACAGAACAGUCUCACACUUCUCUGGAGCUCAUCUCAGUUAUUCUGAGGAACCAUAAACUGAAUUGCGUUUAUUCCUCAGCUUUGUCUGUGGUGCUCCGCUGUCAGUCUGCAGUGAUUGAUUCGGACACAUCCCGCCUCUUGUGCCCGGGGACCCUGUCCGGUCAUAAGUCACCUCACAGGUAUGAUGUUCAGUCCUGCGCCGCCUCUCCGUGACCCUGGCGCGGAGAUGAUGUAUAGUGUGUGGCCUCUUCCACAGCUAUUUGUUUGCGGCGUAUGGGAGCUCAAAGCUUUCGCACGCCUUGUGCACUACAUGAUCCUAUUGGACGAGCGGGGCAGUGGAUAUUGCAAAUGAUGAUGGAGAGAGAGGGAGAGGGGGAGAGGGAGAGGGAGGGAGGUGGAGAGCUCCUGUCUUUCCAACGGCAGACACGCAGCGCUCCUUAAGACUCCAGAUGCCUUUACAGAAUACGCGCCGCUGUUUGCUGUGCGAGUUGCCUCUCCUGUCUUAAAUCGAUCGUUGUGUUAUCGAAAACCAGAAGAUUAUGGGGAUCGCGUACAAUGCGGGAACACGUGGAAAGCUUAUGAGACGAGCGGCUGCGCGCCCGUCCUCAUUGUGAUGGAGGAGCGCGGUGGUGCAUCGCUGGGGAUGAGUGAGAGGUGCGGAGGAGAUAAUCAACGAAGACACUGAGAGCUCCUGUGCGUUUGGACAAGGUCAUCGGAGCCCAGCCUUGGCAGGAUUAUGUCCAUGUGGAGGCGACAAGGGCGGACUUUUAUGCUUCCUCUCCGGGGACGAGGUUGCCCGGGGUGUCCCCUGAAAACCAAGAGUUUCUCUCCUUGCGUUGGCUCACAGAGGCGGCGAAGAGCCCAUCUAUUGGUGGCUGAGCUGUAUUUUUGACCAUCUGCGUGUCUUGGAGAUAAAAGUUUCCCCGCUCUGCUCGACGGGUGGGUGCUCUAUUCUCCCACCGACUCUUCUAUUGAACGCAGCUGAAGCCAGUUAAGGUGAUUUAGUGGGUGCUGGUUAAAGGGGCAGCGGCGGCGGGUGGGUUGAAUUCCACCAGAGAAACAGCAAGAAAAAAAAAGAAAAGAAAAAAGACAAAAUAAAGAUUUAUUUUUUUUUUUUUUAAAGCGGCGGCCAGCUGUGUUUCUGGACUACCACAUCUGCCGUUGUUGUCGCCGCUGUCCAUGGUGCUGAACUCGGGCUCCAGGAAUGGUGGAGACGCUGAGUAUCGCAGUGAUCGGUGCUCCCGGAGUGGGGAAAACUUCUAUAAUCCGCCAGUUCAUCUAUAACGACUUCUCGGAGGUGUACACGCCGACCAGGACCAGAUAUGUGUACAGACCCUCCGUCAUACUGAACGGGAACAUGUACGAGCUGAAGAUUUUGGACGUCCCGCCGAUCUCCUCUUUUCCAUCAAGCUCCAGUCAGGAAUGGCUGGAUUUGCGCUGCAGAGGUGUUCGUAAUGCCAAUGCAUACAUCCUGGUGUAUGACAUCUGCUGCGUGGAGAGCUUUGAAUACGUCAAAAUGAUCCGACAGCAGAUAGUAGAGAACAGGGAAGGUAGCAGCAGCGAGGUGCCAAUCCUGGUGGUGGGUAACAAGAGAGAUCUGCAGCGUCAGCGCUUCAUGCCUCGCAGGGCCGUGUCGGUUCUGGUGAAGAAGACAUGGAAGUGCGGUUAUGUGGAGUGCUCUGCCAAGUUUAACUGGCACGUAGUCCUGCUCUUCAAGGAGCUGCUGGGGAUUGCUGUGGCACGGGGAAUGCGCCAGAACCACACCUCCAUUCGUUUGCAGGGGGCGCUACAGAGGAAUCGCUGCACCAUCAUGUGACCCUCAGAGCUCCCUCCACCCCUGCCAACUCAGGAGUGGAGCGGCAGCAGAGAGAAGGACUUUCUAUCAAAAUGGCUGGGAAAAAUAACCCCGUGGCCUCCUGCUUUACUGAGCUGAUUUUUCUUAAUGAGGUUUAUUAGACUCGUGCGCUGUAAAAGACACUCAAGUUACACACAUGGUCAUCCAACCACUUCCUAGUCAACUGUGUAGAAACAAGGAAGGAAAUGGGAAAAAGAAAGCAGGUGACAAACAAUACAAAAAGCAUAGCACAGAUAUGUUUCUCACAUCACAGGUCAACAUUUCAGGCUGCGCUUCCCAAUAUGAAAGGUCUGUCGCUGGGCCUGACAGGGCAGAAGCUGUGUUUAUGAGAGUCAAAGUGGACAGGCAGCAAUAUCAUCCGGUCUUCCUUUUGAAUUUGCCACACUCUGUAAGGUCAAAAGCAGAAGCUCACAUCUAACAUCACUGGAUUUAUUUGGGAUUUGUGCAUGAGACCAACAGGCAAAAAGAUGGAAACGAUAAAAAGUGAGAGUGCUCAUUUUCUGCGCCAGUUAUCUCAAAAUGUACAUAGAUAGAUAUGGUUAGGUGGUGUUUAAUUUUAGAUUCUGAGAAGUAGCCUGCAUUUUUGUUCUCUCCCCCAUCCUCUAUUAGAAUCUUGGCCGACAGUAAAAGCUGCUUGUUCACAGAAAGGCUGUUUUAAGGUUGUCUUGCAGCAGAAAAUGCUGCAGUCCCUUAUCAUGAUGUACUGUAGGACUUUAAUCUGCUCCCUCCCCUCACUCAGUGUCUGUUUCUGAUGAAUACAUUAAAUCCAGGGAAUGGGGAACCUGCAGGAGGCUCCGGAGCCUGAAACAAGAACCUGUGCAUGGAGCGUUUGUGUGUGUGUGUGUGUGUGUGUGUGUGUGUGUGUGUGUGUGUGUGUGUGUGUGUGUGUGUGUGUGUGUGUGUGUGUGUGUGUGUGUGUGUGAGAGAGAGAGAGAGAGAAAGAGAUGGGGAGAGGGAGAGGCAGGUUUAUAGUUGACAUUCAGGCAAGCAAAGGACAGACGCGGCAAGAUAACAGACAGAUGUUGAAGCACUGGAUUAGAAAGGAGCAAUAAACACACACAGGGAUGUCCAGACUGACUAUAUGUGCCACAUUAUUAUAUUAAAAAUGCCUCGCCACACACAGUCAAUGUAAUCCACUUGCGCUCCAGCAGAAAUACACACGCAGAGCUCGGUGGCUUCCAUAUCAAUAUGUGAAUACUAUCUAAUUGGUCAUAUCGUGAAAUUAACAGCAACUCUUUUCAUUUGAUUAGGCUGAGGUAUGUGAAUAUGCCAGCACUGAAAGCAAGCAGAUCUAUUGUAUAUACAUGAUUGAUUCAUAGACUAAUUGAGUUGCAUGCUUUUGUUGGUAGAGCCAACGGGUCAGGGUUUAAUUGCACUGAUGUGAAAAUGUGAUACUGUGUUUAAUUUUUGUAAUACAUGGUUUUUUGACGCUGUAAUGAGCAACUGAGUGGAGUGAAUGUGGUCGUUUUUCACCGGCAUGUGAGAGCACAAGCUCACGAUACUCUACCAAGGUGUAUUGUUGAACCCUUCAGUCAGGCCAAAUGGCUGUGUUAGAUUUUUUGUUUGUUUGUUUGUUUGUUUUUCUAGUUGGAAAAAAAAGAGAAAUAUGUAGCAGAGAUAAACUAGAAAGCAACUGCGUGUAGCAUGAGUUCUCAUCAUUUUGUUUGUGUGCAUUUUCAAAUAAAAAGGGCUACUGUUUUUUAUCACAUACUUCACUUGUGUUGUGUUAUUUUUACAGUGUCAGUACUGUAAGUAAUUUUGUUUGGCUUUUGGUUGCUUUUUGUUUUGUUUGUUCUUUC